AUGUCUGACAAUGAUACAUGGAAGAUGGAAAUCAACGGCAAAAUAAGCGAUCUAUUGGAAUGUUUUGAACGACGCGAGAAAGAGCUCACGCAAUUCAGCGACGCACUGGAAAAGGAUCGCAAAGCGAUUGAAGAAGAAAUGAGGAAGAAACGGCAAGAACAUGAAACAUUUAUUAAAGAACAGUACAGGGAACUCGACGAAACGAGGCUAAGGAUAGAAAACGAGAAGAAACGAAUGCAAGAAGUUCAAGAGUUUCAGUCCUCGCCCGUUCACCUCAACAUUGGGGGCCAUAGAUUCACGACCUCUCUUCAAACUUUGAGACGUGAUAUCGACUCCAUGUUGGCGACAAUGUUUUCUGGAAGGCAUAAACUCACCCAAGAACCCGAUGGUAGUUACUUCGUGGACAGGGACGGCACCCAUUUUCGCCAUAUUUUGAACUAUCUGCGCGACGGGUUUCGAGCUGAAAUGCUUCCCCAAGAUGAACUGUCUCUCAGACAAAUAGCCAAUGAAGCACAUUAUUUCCAACUGACUGACCUGGUAGCUGGCAUUGAGGGUAUAUUGGACCCCCCUCCACCAGCGCCUGACUUCACCCAGAGCGAGAUCAAUGACAUGCUUGCUACCCUGACUCGUCAGACAAGCCAGACUCACACCCCUCCGGGGUUAGAUUUGGGAAUGGGCAUGAGGCAUAGUUCUGCAGAUUUCGUCUUUCACAACAUGACCAAAACCAAUCUGGAUUUCAGUGGCAAAAAUCUCUCUGGGCUCUCCUUUGCCCACACUACUUUUGUACACAAUGUUUCUUUUGUGGAUGCUUCUUUGAUAAACACUAGUUUCUAUGGCUGUGAGUUUGCCAGCCACGUGGUGGUAGAUUUCACAGAUGCGGACAUCUCUGGUGCUGAUUUUAGACAGUGUCGCUGCGUGCAGAGUGGCCCAAAUGCUUUCAAUAGCCUGGGUGGUGUCCCAGUUGGCAGUGGCGGGGGUUUUAUGUUUGGUUCAAGUUGUUCAAGCUUUGCUCAUCUAAUCAAGACUGGACAUGUAAAAUUCACUGGUUCCAAGCACAUUGGCACAAAGUUUGAACCACAUAUUCUUGAGUUAAUUCAUUUUUGA